CCACAAUGUAUAGAACGGCUUUGCUACUGUCGUGCGUCUUUUUCAUCUACGCCUCGUUUCUCUCUUGGUCAUAUCUUCAAGAGAAACUUGCGUCGUCAGACUACUCGUUAGCAGUAACAGAUGCACCAGCAUUCUUUCAUUUCCCGUUGGUGAUCAACAUCGUCCAAUGCCUAUUCUGCAUUGUGUCCGGCUCCAUUUACCUUUACUCCAAAACUGUUGUGCCGACGACAAAAGAGAAAGAACAUGUGGCACCUGGAAUCAAGUUCUUCCCACAACUUUCCAUGAAGACGCUUCUCACCUUAUACGCCAUUUCGUUAUCUCAGUCUGUUUCUGCACCUUUGAGCUACAUGUCGUUGGAUCAUGUCGACUACAUUCUCUAUCUUUUGGCGAAAAGCUGUAAGCUCAUCCCCGUCAUGCUGGUCCACUACAUAGGGUUUGGCACAGUAUACCCCAAAUACAAAUACCUCGUCGCGUUCAUCAUCACGUCCGGUGUGGCCACAUUCACCAUUGGCGGCAUGAAGUCAGGGAAGGGAAGUCCAGGCGAAGACGGAAAUGUGAUGCUUGGGCUUCUCAUGCUUUGUGGCUCCCUCCUGCUCGACGGCUUCACCAAUUCGGCACAAGACAUUGUCUUCAAAAGAAACCCAAAGAAGUUGACAGGAGCGCAUAUGAUGGCAUACUUGAACUUCUUCACCAUGGCCAACCUUAUUGCGUACACCCUAACCUUCACAGACCAAUUCCGAGAUGUAUGCAAUUUCAUAAACAUCAAUGGCACGUUGGCCUUGCUCGACCUGAUCAAAUUUAGUCUUUGCGGUGCAAUCGGACAGAUCUUCAUAUUCAUCACACUCGAGCAGUUCAGCUCUGUUGUUUUGGUCACUGUCACCGUGACAAGGAAGAUGCUCAGUAUGGCGCUUAGUGUCUUCUUGUUUGGACAUGUUUUGAAUUGGAAACAAUGGUCGGGGUUGUCUCUUGUCUUUGCUGGCGUUGGACUUGAGAGUCUUGUAAAAAUAUUGCAAAGAAAACCAGCCGUUGCUAAGCAUGAGAAAAAGAAACAGUGAGGACUCCAUCUCCGUACAAACUUGUCUAAUUACUAUUUAUCUUUAGCUUUUUUUUCUGGUAUUAAAAAAACAUUAUAUAAAG